GGGGCGGGGCUGGGGGGUGGACGGGGAGAAGGCUCUUGCCACCACCUUCCUGGCAGUCUCCAGAGGGACCCUCAAGCUGGCCCUGGCAUGGAUGACUCCAAGGAGCACACCAGGUGUCCUGCCCGAGGAACAUGCCCCGUGUUCCUGGCACUGAGCUCGGGGGCUGUCCGCUACGCCCCAUCAGUUCUGGGCCCUGCACUUGACGGGAACUUGGGAGAGGAGAACUGGGACACAGACAGCCAGCCCCACCCAGACGAGGGCCACCCGCCGCCCCUCGAAGCUGUCCCAGUCCCCUGGAAGAGCGUGGGCCCCUGCAGAAGCCACAGGGAGUCCCCAGGAGGCCUGGCGGAGAGCCCUGGAGGGGAGGAGGCCCAAGGUGAGGAGGGCCCCGCGGCCGCCCAGCUGGACGUGUUGCGCCUGCGAAGCUCUUCCAUGGAGAUCCGGGAGAAGGGCUCCGAGUUCCUGAAGGAUGAGCUGCACAAAGCCCAGAAGGAGCUGAAGCUGAAGGACGAGGAGUGCGAGCGGCUGUCCAAGGUGCGGGAGCAGCUGGAAGGGGAGCUGGAGGAGCUGACGGCCAGCCUGUUCGAGGAAGCCCAUAAGAUGGUGCGGGAAGCCAAUAUGAAGCAGGCGGCGUCAGAAAAGCAGCUGAAGGAGGCGCGGGGCAAGAUCGACAUGCUACAGGCGGAGGUGACCGCCUUGAAGACGCUGGUCCUCACGUCCACACCAGCCUCCCCCAACCGCGAGCUCCACCCGCAGCUGCUCAGCCCCAGCAAGGCCGGACCCCGCAAGGGCCACUUACGUCAUAAGAGCACCAGCAACACCCUCUGCCCUGCUGUGUGCCCCGCAGCUGGACACACUCUCAUCCCGGACAAGGAGGGCAAAGAGCCCGGGCUGCCCCCACUCCUCUCCCUGCUCCUCUGCGUGGUCCCCAGCAAAGCUGUUCACCUCACCUACGAGCCGGCCUGGCAGCUCCUGCCUGGGGAGCCGCCUGCGGCCCCCACCUCCACUACCUCUCUCUCCUUUUCCCGACAGGUGGACACCACCCUGUUUGCAGAGUUCCAGGCCUGGCGGGAGUCACCCACCCUGGACAAGACCUGCCCCUUCCUCGAAAGGGUGUACCGGGAGGACGUGGGCCCCUGUCUGGACUUCACCAUGCAGGAGCUCUCGGCGCUGGUCCGGGCCGCCGUGGAGGACAACACGCUCACCAUUGAGCCCGUGGCUGUGCAGACACCGCCCACGGUGAAGGUGGCCACGGUUGAGUGUGGCAGCACCAAUACCUGUGCCCUGAGUGGUCUGGCUCGUGCCUGUCGCCACCGAAUCCGGCUUGGGGACUCUGAGAGCCACUACUACAUCUCGCCAUCCUCCCGGGCCAGGAUCACCGCGGUGUGCAACUUCUUCACUUAUAUCCGCUAUAUCCAGCAAGGCCUGGUGCGGCAGGAAGCCGAGCCGAUGUUUUGGGAGAUCAUGAGGCUGCGGAAGGAGAUGUCGCUGGCCAAGCUCGGCUUCUUCCCCCAGGAGGCCUAGGGCAUGGUCCGGGGCCUAGAGGGGGGCUCUGAGCAGCAGCCGACACCUGCCUGGGAAGACAGGGUGCUGGAGCCGGCCCUGAGCCAGAAGCUGAACCAGACGGACGAAUGGCCAGGCCGUGGACGCCUUGCUGAGCUAGUCCCAGACCUUCAUCCCGGGACAGACAGGAGCUCGUGAGCGGACCCUUGUCUUCACAGACACCAGGAGACUUUCAAGAAAGCACCAAAGACCAAGGAGCUUGGACCUAUACUUGGGCUCAGCCCUUGGGCGGAGGCGUCUGGGGCAGGUCUGGGAGCUGCUGCUUGCAGGUGCCUUGUUGCUGCCACGUCCUCAGAACGGGGCCUGACACCCACCUGGGCGGCCUGACCUCCAGGGUAUUCCUGCCCACCCCCCC